AUGCAGCAGAGACUUUGGUCUUUCUCUUCUCGAGUGCCUGAUCAAGAGCAUGCUGUUGUGGCCAUUCGCAGCGCAGCUCCACAGCAACCGCAGCUGAAGCACCACCACCACCACACUCCAAGAACAAACCCAGAUGGCCUUCCGCACUACGAUCCGCGUUCCGGCUUCGGAAAGAAGGAGGGUUCUUGGAGAUCGGUGUCAGCGGAGAAGUGGAUCCAUGUCAUUCCUGUGAUUGUGCUCUUCUGCCUCUUUGUGCUCUGGUGGUUCUCUGUUUCAGUAAAAGUGGUGAGCGUUGACGGCAGAAUUACAGCUAUACGUGAAACUGAGAUACCACUCCCUCUCAACGAGACUCGAAUUGAUAUCGCAAUCUUGGCAGCUGCUGCUAUGUCACCAAUAGCCUCGGUUCCUCAGAAUCUCACAGUGAACAAGGCAACUGAAGUUCCAAGUGCUGAGAAAGAAUGA